ACUAAAAGUCAUGGAAUUACCUUCCAUAUGUUCCCCAAGGACCCGAACCUUCGUGCUGCGUGGGUGGAGGCACUCGGCAUGACCGACUGGGAGCCAAAAGACAGAAGCACUAUAUGCUCCGAACACUUCAGGAAGGAUGAUUUCUACGUGACUAAAGGCGGUCUACGGAAAAUCAAAGAUGGCGCUGUUCCUGUGGUCACUUAUGAUUCUUCUGAGGACCUUGAUGCUCCUGCAGCUUUAAGGGUGUGCAGAAUCUGUUUAGCAAUGGAAGGUCAGAUGUAUCACAUACGAGAUCACAAACUGGACGAGAUUUAUGAAAAUGUCACUGGCAUUUAUUUAAGCGAAGAUGACAAACUACCUCAGAAGUUAUGCUGGGAGUGUGCCCACAGGUUGCUAAGCACCAACGGGUUUAGGAACAAAGCUCUCAGAAGCCAGGCUUUGCUGAUGAACCUUCUUCAACCGGAGAUAU